AUGUCCGACUCGAGCCAGCGCCGGUUCCGCGGAUGCGCUGCCAUUGACGACUUCGACAUUGUGCAGAAGCUGGGUGAGGGCACAUUUGGAAUCGUCUCCAAGGCCCGCGCAAAACGAACCGGAGCCAUCGUCGCCCUCAAAAAGAUCUUGAUACACAACGAAAAGGAUGGCUUUCCCAUCACUGCUCUGCGCGAGAUCAAGCUGCUCAAGAUGUUGUCUCACGCGAACGUCUUGACCCUCCAGGAGAUGGCUGUCGAACGCCACAAGAGUACGCUACACCUCUCCGACCAUGAUCUACCUUCGCCUAACCCCGACUAUAGANNAGACGUCAAGAAGCGCGCCACUCUCUACAUGGUCUGUCCAUACAUGGACCAUGACCUCUCGGGAAUGACCACCAACCCCGACAUCUCCUUCACCGAGGCUCAGAUCAAAUGCUACAUGCUACAACUGCUCGAGGGCUUGCGCUAUCUGCAUGACAGCCACAUCUUGCACCGCGAUAUGAAGGGUACCAUCUACCGCACCCUCUCCCUCUUGACCGAGUCUCCCUCUGACGCCAAACANGCUGCAAACAUUCUCAUCAACAACCGCGGUCUACUCCAGAUUGCCGACUUUGGUCUCGCUCGUCACUACGAUGGCCCUGUACCCCAGCCUGGCCGAGGCAACGGCGAUGCAGUGCGCGAUUACACCACCCUUGUCGUGACACGAUGGUACCGUCCUCCAGAGCUUCUCUUGCAGCUGAGACGAUACACUCCGGCCAUAGACAUGUGGGGCGCUNNGGGUUCGUUGCUCCUUGCUUCUCUGCAGUCUUCUCUUCUAACAUCGGGCAGCUGUGUUUUCGCCGAAAUGUUUGAGGGACGACCCAUCCUCGAGGGCAAGUCCGAUCUCAACCAGGCCCAAAUCAUCUUCGAGUUGGUCGGUUCACCCAACGAGGACAACAUGCCUGGCUGGUCGCAGCUUCCCGGGUGUGAUGGCGUCAAGGAAUUCGAGCCUCAACGUGGUUCUCUGCGACAACGGUUCCGCAAGUGA